ACUGUUUGUUUUGAUUGUUCGCCGGCAGAAUGUUUCAGCAUGUUCUCCGAACGUAACUUGAUGCAAUCGUGACUGCGGUCCGGAUUAAGAUUCGAUGUUCCGCCGGGUAGUGGUCGGUAUUUCCGGCGGCGUUGAUAGUGCCGUAUCAGCCUAUCUACUAAAGAAGCGAGGAUUCGAGGUAUGCGGUGCUUUUAUGAAAAAUUGGGACUUGAUCGAUGAGUCCGGUUACUGUUCCGGAGAGCAGGAUCUGGAGGAUGCUCAUCGAUUGUGUCGGAUGCUGGACAUACAGCUGGAGGAGAUAAACUUCGUCAAAGAGUACUGGUCGGAGGUGUUUGGAAACUUUCUCAAAGACUACGAAGCGGGAAUAACACCUAAUCCAGACAUUCUCUGCAAUAGGCACAUAAAAUUCAACCGCUUCUUUCGCCAUGCCCGCGAACGGCUUGGUGCUGAUGCGAUCGCAACCGGCCACUACGCACGCACCAACUUUGGACCAUUUCUGGAGCAAUACAACGAGCAAGAAGCAGUACGACUGCUAAUGGCACCGGAUCCGAUAAAAGAUCAAACGUUCUUCCUGUCGCAAAUCACUGCCGAUGCGCUCCGCCGCACAAUGUUUCCGAUCGGUUCGCUAACCAAGCGGCAGGUCAAGCAACUGGCCACCGAAGUCGGGCUAGAGUCGUACGCACGGAAGAAGGAAAGCAUGGGCAUCUGCUUCGUGGGCAAACGGUCGUUUCAACAAUUUAUCGCCGAGUACAUCGAACCGAAACCGGGACCGUUCGUAGACGUCGACAGUGGGAGGGAGGUGGGGCGUCACGCCGGUCUGCAUCACUGGACGGUGGGACAGAAGUGUAAAAUUGGUGGCUGCCUGCAACCGUACUACGUGCUCCGGAAGCAUCGGGAGACAAACGUGAUUGAGGUUGCGUCCGGACACGAGCAUCCGCUGCUGUACACGGACAUGGUGUACGCCGAGCAACCGGUCUGGAUAAAUGCCCCGCCAGGGUUGAAGCGGGGCCAUGUGGUUCGGUGUGAGUUUCGCUUCCAGCACACCAAACCCUUGGUGGGGUGUUCCGUUAUCGAGACCACGGAGGAGCAUGGACGGGAACGGCUCUUUGUAAGGCUUGAUGAACCACUGCGCGCCAUCACGCCCGGCCAGUAUGCGGUGUUUUAUCGCAAUGAAGAGUGUUUUGGUAGUGCGCGAAUAGUGCAACCGGGACCAUCGGUAGCGUACAGUAAGGAAUGGCAGUUAAAGCAGGAAGCAUGUUGAGAAGAUUGUUUGUUUAGUUAAAUUA